AUGAGCACCUCAUUCUUCGAGGACCUCUGGUCCAGCGUCUUCACUCCCGGCCCAACGCCGGCUCUUCUUGUGGCUACCAACGCGACUUUUGCUGCCCUCCAGCUCGUGCUUUUCACCCUCUUGAUUGCGACACACAGCGUGCACCUUGUCGUGCUCUCAUUCCUCAGCGGCGCGCUCUGGUGGUCGAUAAACUGGUUUGCAAAGGAAGUUCGCGAGGUCCAGGCCGCCCAGCAAAAGGAAGAAGAAGAGAAGAAGAAGCUCGCCGAGCGCAACGACGACGACUCGUCAGCAGCCGAGAACAACAGUGGCUCGGAAACAGAGACAGAGACCGAGGGCGUGUCAGCAAAACCUAGACGACGCAGAGUGAACCAGCAACCUGAUAAAACUGCGCCUGCAACUGCUGUCGAUUUGCCUGGCGACGAUGGUAAUCUCAAAAAGCGGGAGAGCACAGGCAACGAGAGCUCCGGGUACACCAGCACCGAUAGCGAGUGGGAAAAGGUAGACAAGUCUGCUUAA